AUGCUAUUACGAUAUAGGAAGAAAUUCUACCUAUUUCUGCUUCUUGUAGCUCCAACAUUUGGUAGGUCUCCGGUUCUGAUGCGUUUGACGUUCUGCUUGCUCUACACUACAUCUGAGCCAUUCCACAGCAUUCAUCUUAAUACAAGGGAAGUCGCUGACUCAAGACUCACAGCACAAGAGUGUGAUGGCCCCUCUGUGACCAUCAGCUCUAACGACGAUGUGUCGUCGAUUUCAAGCUGCGGCACCUACAAUGGUGACAUCAUUAUCGACAAGUCGGCCGCGGGAACGAUUGAACUUACAGGGAUAUCACAUCUCAAAGGAGAUCUAACGUGUAACAACGCAAGCGAUCUCACGGGGAUAACGUUUGAGAAACUCGUGACUAUCAGUGGCGACUUUACUCUCGCUGGUCUGGCUAGGUUGGCGGAUUUGACCUUCAACUCAAUCAUGGAGGUUGGGAAUAUCGCAUUCACUGAUUUACCUCUGCUCCAGACUUUGGACUUUGCGACCGGAAUUGUGACAGCAGACCAAGUCGUCAUCACCAACACUGGUCUGAGAAGCUUGGAAGGCCUCGAAUUCACGGCUUGCAACUCUCUUGAUAUCAGCAACAAUCCUCGAUUGAUCUCAAUUGAUUUAGCUGGGAUCACCAACAUGACCGAGGAAGUUACCAUACACGCCAAUGGACCUAGCUUGGAUGUCGAUUUGGGCCUUCUGAAAAGCUCAAACGGCAUCAAUGUGCAAGCCGCAGGCAGCCUGAAUGUGUCCUCUCUUGAUACAAUAACAGGGACUCUAGGGCUUUCCUACAAUACGUUCAGAAAUUUCUCGGCCCCAAGUCUAACCCUGGUAAUGGAAAUCGAUAUCAGUAGCAACCCGCUUCUCAACAGCUUAUCGUUUCCAUUACUGUCUGAAAUAACAGGAGACCUCAGCAUCACCAACAAUAGCCGUCUGGCUUCCAUCUCCGGGUUCCCAGAAUUGGUGACGGUUUCAGGCAACUUGAAUCUGACAGGUCAAUUCGCUAGCGUUAAUCUGCCCGCCCUUGUUGACGUACAGGGAAGCAGUAACACACAAACGACCAUUAACAAUUCGACCAUCUGUGUUAUUUUUGAUAACUCAAGCAUCUUCAAGGGCGUCCAGACGUGUACCAUUGGAACUCAGAGUCCUGAUAGUCUGCCGGACGAUAGUCAAGGAACGACAACGCCCACAGGAACUGACUCAAGCAAUACUGACACACCCAACUCAGAGCCUCAGGACACAAAUGGUGGCUCAAACAGCUCUGGUGGUGUUUCGGGCGGUGUGGUUGGAGGGAUCGUCGGAGGUGUUGUGGUCGUUCUUGUACUACUUUGUGGAGGUUGGUGGUGGUUUAAGCGAAGACAUCGCUCUCCCAAGGCUGAACGCCUCCAUGAUGCCGCCGAUUCAACGCCUGAGCUGCCGUCAGGACGGCACCACGAGAAGCCCGAACUUGUCGGCUCAAAUAACUUCGGCGAUCAGAAACCCCCGUCCGAGUUGAAAAGUGACUAUAAAGAACGUGUCGAGUUGCCCAUGGACAAUUACGUCUCAGAAUUGGAGGGAAACAAUGUUUAUGAAAUGGACACACACCCACGCCCCCGGUGA